AUGACGCUCCUCGCCCGUGCCAGUGCCCCCCUCCGCCAGGCCGCAAAACGCGCGCCCGCCUCUACGCCAAUGCGCUUUGCGCACGGACACGGAGUGUACCAGCACCUGCCCUUCGACGGAAAGAAGAAGACGUUCGGGCUCAAGGUCGCCGCGUAUCUCAUUGGCGGGUUCGCCAUCCCGUUCGGUGCUGCGACGUACCAGCUGAAGAAGUCCGGCGCUGCAUGA